CAAUAAUUUUGAUAUGCCGCAGUCAGUGCGAGGUUAUCGUGCCAGCACAACACGUGCUCGAUACAACAAAUAAAAAAAAAUAAGUUAAUUGAUAAUGACGGACGAAAAGAGUUACCGUGAGGCUGCGAUAGCUCUCAACUCAGAAAAACAGAAUGAAGACAUCAUGGAAAGGAUUAUCGUCCACCUGGGCGAGAUGGGCACCUACCAGCGUUGGUUGGUGGUGCUCAUGCUGCCUUUCGGAGCAGCCAUGUCGUUCAAUUACUGCAUACAGAUCUUCAUAGCGGCAACCCCGCAAGAGUAUUGGUGCAAAGUGCCCGAACUGCAGGCACUCGACGUGGAAUUAAGACGAAAUCUGUCUAUCCCUUUCACGGACGACCCGCCAGGAUGGGACCGCUGUCAGAUGUUCGCCGCGAACUAUACUGAAGUGCUGGCCACCCUCACUCGCCCCGCCAACGACACGCCGCUCAUACCCUGCAGACAUGGCUGGGAGUUCCUUUUCAACGAUAUCCCUUACUCGACUAUUAUCAAUGAACGAGAAUGGGUAUGCGACCGCGCGGCGUACGCGCCAUUCGCCCAGUCUGUCUACUUCAUGGGUUCUCUGGUGGGAGUGGUUAUCUUUGGUUUUCUUGGAGACGCGUACGGCAGAUUACCCGCUUUUAUAGGAGCCAAUAUAAUCGGAUUCAUAGGAAACAUAGCAACACUUUUUACCGUUGGAGAAUGGGACUUCGUUCUGAUACGAUUCAUCGCAGGACUUGCCAAUGAUGCCUGUUACGUCAUGAUAUAUAUCAUCGUAUUGGAGUUCAUCGGCUCCCGGCACCGCACGUGGGUUACUAACUUUACUAUGGGCUUGUCGUGCGCAGGCGCACAGGUAUUAACGCCAGUCCUAGCGUUGUGGCUUAAAAACUGGCGGACUCUCCUCAUCGUGACGUCAUGCCCGUCUCUGUUAGCGCUCGCCAUGCCCUGGAUUGUACCGGAGAGCGUUCGAUGGCUGGCUUCAAGCGGCAACGUAAAACGAGCUCUAAAGAUCUUAAAAAGAUUUGAAAAGAUCAACCAGGCGGAGAUACCGGAAGAUAUUAUCGACGAAUUCAUUUUAACAUCAAACAAAAAGCUUGAAUCAGACGAGUCUCUGAAGGCGGUGCUCCGAAGCCCUAAACUAAGGAACUGUCUGCUGGUCCUCGUGUUGGUCGGCAUUAUAGUGAGCGUCGGUAUUGACUCCAUCAUCAGGCUUUCGGAAAAUAUUGGCUCGAAUUUGUUCGUCACGUUCGCAGCGUCUUCGUUCGCUGAGUUGCCGGCUUUGGCUCUCGUUGCAGUUACUCUAGACAGGUUCGGCCGUCGCCCAGUCAUCGUAACUACACUAGCACUCACUAGUAUAUUUGCAUUCCUGUGCACAUUUAUUGCCCGAGGCGUUUUCCAAGCAUUCUUGGCGGUGACUUUGCGGUUUUUCGUCAACAUGGCCCUCAGCGUACUGACACAAUUGAGUCCCGAAGUGCUGCCCACCCCGGUACGCUCCAGCGGGAACUCUCUAAUACACCUCACCAUGUUCAUGGGCACUGUGGUGUCGCCGUACGUCGUGUAUUCGGGCACGGUAUGGGGUCCGCUGCCAUUAGUAAUCAUUGGAGUUACAAGUAUAGUAGGCACACUAUUAUCACUGCUUUUGCCUGAGACCACAGGCAGACCCAUGCCUCAAACAUUAGCUGAUGGGGAACGACUAGUCGCGGAGAAUAUGCUGUGCGGGCGAGCCGAGCACGAUGAUGAAGAUUUGCCUCCCCUUAAAAAAGAAAAAUCUAGAAAGAUACCGCGUUUUGAAUAGAAUCGAGACAUUGGUCGUUUAUAAAAAAAAGCUUUAUUUAUUUUUAUAUCAAAUCCAUUUACUCGUGAAUAGUGAUUUUCAUUUUGCAUUAGGAAGUAAAUGUGGCAAAGUUACCUUUGUAAAUAUGGUAUUAAAUGGUUCUUAUUCAAUAUUGAAAAUGUCAUGGAAAUACCUAAUAAGGUAAUGUGCCCAGCCCACGAGGCUUACAGAAUUGACGUGUUACCUAGGUAUAUAAAGUAUUAUUUUUGUUUUUAUUAAGGCCAUUAUAAAAACCAUUUACAAUUUAUAUGUUAUAAAAGUAAACUACUAACCUGUAUGAAAAUACGCUAAAUUAUUCAAAUGUUGUAAAGUCUACAACACAUUUGUACAUAAAAUAGUUUUAAGUAGUAAAAUUUAAUAAAAGUUAAUAAAUAUGAAUUUAUUCAAA